GCGGGCUGCUUCACAAGGCGGCAGGUGCGAUUCUCGGUCUCUUCUGAUGGAGGCACUCCGAGAGCUUCAGGAUGUCCAGGCGAUGCUCUCCUUCAUCGGUGACCGGGGGAUCUCCUCCGGCGAUGCUUCCUCAGACCGAUUCCUCGCUUCCUUCCUCCUUUUCAUGGCUCGAUCUAGGAGCACGGAGAUGGGUCCGGCAAAAAGAAUGGAUUUGAUUGCCGAGUGUCUUCCGAAGUUGUCUGCAGGGAUUCUUCAGGAAGCCCAGACGCGCUUUGCUGGUGAGGAAUCUGGCGGAGAUAAGGAUGCCGAAGGUAUCCGAUCUGCUGCUUUGAGUUCGGUGGAAAACGUCGAGGAGGAAUUCGCGGUGAUAGGGCUGGACGCGAUGCGGCGAGCGAAUUCCACAGUGGAGGAUUUUGUCAGGUCUUACUUCAUGUUCCAUGGGAUGGAUGCAAAUAAUCCUGGGACCGUAUUUAGGUUCCUCCCCAUCUUAUACUUCACUGAGAGCUACAUUUACCAGCUAGAUAACAUCAACGAGAUCAUCUCAAACCAAUCAAGCCGAGUUUCUUCUAAAGAAGUGAAAUUAAGUUCUCAAUGGAAAGUAAGUCGACUUAUGGAGUUGUUUGAGACGGAUCCAUUUAGGCCACUUUGUCGUGUUUUGGAGCAACACGGAUUAAUGACAGAGAGAAUAAGCAAGGAGCUUGGAUUUGGUGUUGAAUAUUGGGCUCUGGAGAGGCAUCUCUGCAACUCCCUCACAUUGAAAAAGAAUAUACUAUGUCAAGACGUGAUGAGAGCCAUUCAUCUGAAAUCAUUUGACUACAGGAUAUUAAGCUUUCUUUUAUAUAAAUUACGGGGACAAGAGGUCAAUGAAAGCCAUAUGGAGUUCCUCUCAGUUUCAGAAUUUUUGGUUGAAGUGGCAGAUGACUUGUUUGAUUAUGAGGAUGAUAUAGUGGGGAAUAACUUCAAUAUAUUGCGUAUGUUGACCAGAGUGUAUGGAGCUGCAGUUGCCCCAAGCAUAUUGGCAAAAUGCAUAGCAGAUGCUGAAGAACGUUAUGAGACCCUGUUGAAGAAAUUAGAUCCUGAUCUGGCCACAAAUUACCAGAAACGAUGCGAGGAUGCUACGAAAGAAGGUGGAAGGACUUUUGGACCUAGUUUAGGAACAUGGAACAUACCAAGGGUGAUUUCAGAUGAAGAAUCAUUUCGCAGAAAUAUUUUAAAGACGAAAGAGGCGGUCAAUUCAUCUUGAAUUUAUGACGUUAGUAUUGUGACGUGUCAGAAGCUGCUCCAUGCAUUAAAGAACCUCUAUUCCCAAUGAAGCAUUGCCUGAGACUGCGCGACCAGACUACAGAAUGCGUGUGCUUGUGGCUGCACAGUACUGUAGUUGAAAUCGACUUCAUCAUUUGAACCUUUUGGUCAUGCAAAUGUUAUGGGUACUGAUCUUUUAAAAAGGAUUAGUUGCAAAUACGAUGGGGUCGUUUGAGUUGUUUAUGUUUGCGAAAUUUUGAGAAUAAAAAAAAGUUAUUUAAA